AUCACUUUAAAUCUUCAAUCUCUGGUACAACAGAGAUCAUAAAUCGUUAGGUAGUCGAACGGGGGAAAUAUUUCAAUAUUUCGCCCUGAACAGUUUGUAUUCAGAACAGUAUACAAUCGGUUACUCGUAGUUAUUUAUUUCAAAGAAUUCUGUCUAUAUAGAUAGGUCAUUCAUAAGCACUUAAUAUUGUUUACCAAAGAAAUGGUGAUGGAGAAGCCAAGUCCCCUGCUUGUCGGGCGGGAGUUUGUGAGGCAGUAUUACACACUCUUAAACAAGGCACCAGAUUUCCUUCACAGGUUUUAUGGGAGGAACUCUUCCUAUGUUCAUGGAGGACUUGACCCAAAUGGGAAACUGGCAGAAGCGGUGUAUGGGCAAGCGGAAAUCCACAAGAAGGUUAUGUCCCUGCAGUUCAGUGAAUGCCACACAAAAAUCCGGCAUGUUGAUGCCCACGCGACAUUGAGUGAUGGCGUGGUGGUUCAAGUCCUUGGAGAACUGUCCAACAAUGGUCAGCCCAUGAGGAAGUUUAUGCAAACGUUUGUGCUUGCACCAGAGGGAUCCGUGGCAAACAAGUUCUAUGUCCACAACGACAUCUUUCGUUAUGAGGAUGAGGUUUUUGGAGAUUCUGAAGCUGAGCUUGAUGAAGAAUCAGAGGAGGAAGUUGAAGAGGAGCCUGAGGAGAGGCAGCCUUCCCCUGAGCCACUUCAGGAAAGCCCCAGCAGCACCACCUAUUAUGAACCACACCCUGUUACCAAUGGAGUAGAGGAGCCCAUGGAGGAACCAGCACCGGAACCAGAGCCUGAUCCUGAACCUGAGCCCAAAUUAGAAGAGGUAAAGCCUGAAGUAGAUGAGAAGGUUCUGGAAGAGAUGGAGGAGAAAGCACCUUCACCAGUUCCUGUGGAAUCCCCACCUAACACCCAGGAGCCUCCCAAGACCUUCUCCUGGGCCUUGGUGACCAGUAAAAACCUGCCUCCCGCCGGCACAGUCACCUCAUCUGGAAUCCCACCCCAUGUUGUUAAAGUGUCAAGCUCACAGCCCAGAGUUGACGCCAAGAUGGAGACACAGACGGCACCCCUUCGGCCCAGAGACCAGCGCACACGAGACAGACCAGCCUUUACUGCACGGGGGCCAAGACCUGAUGGUGUUACAUCUUCAGAGUCCCAACUGGGGAAACCUCACUUGAGUUUUGUUAACAAAGGUGGCAGAGGAGAUGCAGAAUCUGGUGACGUGGACAGCAGGCGGAUUGUCCGGUACCCAGACAGCCACCAGCUUUUUGUCGGCAACCUCCCACAUGAUAUUGAUGAGAGUGAGCUCAAAGAGUUUUUCAUGACGUAUGGAAAUGUGGUGGAGCUGCGGAUCAACACUAAGGGUGUUGGUGGAAAGCUCCCCAACUUUGGAUUUGUGGUCUUUGACGAUUCUGAUCCUGUGCAAAGAAUUCUGGGGGCGAAGGUAGAAGGGCCCAUUAUGUUCCGAGGAGAAGUGCGUCUGAAUGUAGAGGAGAAGAAGACGAGGGCGGUGCGUGAACGAGAGAUUCGUGGAGGAGGAGAUGAGCGCCGGGACAUGAGGCGCAACGAUCGGGUCCCCGGAGGUUCACGAAACAUCGUAGGAAGUGGAAUGAUGCGUGAGCGCGAUGGGCGGGGACCCCCACCCCGAGGCGGCAUGGCGCCUAAACCUGGAAUGGGCUCUGGAAGAGGUUCUGGUGGGCAGGGAGAGGGUCGCUUCACAACCCAACGCCGCUGAACCAGCGCACCACCUUCAGUGUGGAAGAACAAGAGUUCUUCAUGCUCAACCGUUCUCGUUAACGAAAAGAAAUCUCCAUGUAUAAACAUAUUUUUGUUUUUUGUUUAUUUUUUUAUUUUUUGUUCCCUCUUUGCUUUGGAAUGUGACACAGCCUGUCAACCAUUUGUUUGUGAAAUAGACGAAACAAAAUACGCAAACACAAAUUUUCCUUGUUAUUUGUGAGUUGAGCAUACUUUUUAGGUAGCUCAAGAAUUCACAAACUUUAAUUUGUAAAUUCGUGAAAAAAGGCAAACCAACCAGGAGUAAUUUGCCAUAUUAAGAGGGACUGAUGAGACUUUAAACUACGAUAAUACAGCCCAUCAUUUGGAAAAGAGAUUAUAUGCCUUGACUUAACUGGGGCGCUGCUUCACGAAAUCCCUCUAUUGCACAUUUUAUAUGGUAGUUUUCUGCCCAUUACUGUUGGAAAAGAGUGAGAUGCAAAAUUUGUGCAGUACCAGGGGAAAAGGCCUGCCUUUUUACUUUUUCCUUUUGAGAGACCACUGCUUUGAAAUUGCAUAAUGCACUCAUCAAUAUGCACUAAUAGGUACUUUUUGUCAUGUUGCAUUGACACCCAUGCUCGGAACGCAGCUGGAGAGACCUCUUUUGUCUCGUAGCUAUACGACUUACUGGGGCAGGCCUCGCUCACAGCCCGUCUGCUGUGACCAAUGUACUUUUCACACUUUUGACCCAAAACUACACUUCAAUUACUGCUGGAUGGACAACAUGACAAGCAAAAUCUGCAUUAUAUUUUUCUUGUUAAUAAAUCAAAUUUAAAAAGUGCAAAUCCUGGACUUUCACCAAGAGAUUUGGGGGCCAAAGGAUAAAACUCAAAGUCGAACAAUAAAAGAGUGGUGAUGAUGGAGAGCUCGCUUUCCCCCCCUUUGGAUUCCAAGUUUAUUUUUCUUCAUGUUUUUCCCUGCCAGUUAGAUCGCAGAACUGGGAUGGAUGCACCUUUUACCUCCCUCUUGCCUCCCUUCUUGUCUUAAGUGCAGACAACAGAAUAAAUGUGCAGCGAAGAUCAUAGUUUACUGUAUGUUUGGUUUUGUGUGUAUAUAUGUGUAUAUUUUUUUUCUUUCAACUUGAUAAAAGCAUGAUGGUGCCUUCUAUUUCACCUUUCCAGUCUUACUAAAGUUACAAAAAAACAACAAAAAAAACGGUUUGGGACUUGCUGCCUCCUAAGAUAUGGAGCUGCUCAUUUUGAACUAUUGUCGACUGGGAGCAGAUUAAAAAAAACAAACUGCAGUAUUCACAAGAUUAAGUUUUUAUUUCCAGGUGCAAAUUUCAUUUUCCAUACUGUUUUACUACCUAAGAUGAUCUGCUGUGUGUUUUAUACAUUUGUCUUUUUUUAUUGUCUGUUCUGGGUUUUUAAGAGACAAUAGGUGCCUCGACUUCAGUUUGAUGUUAAAUGGUUAAGAGGUGCAUCAACCAAGCAACGCCCAACCAAAAAAAGGUACAUUAAAAUACGGAUGACGACA